UUUGUUUGCUUCAUGUUUUACAAUUCCCAUAUAUUAUAUAAAACCCAAGAGAUAAAAAUUGUUUCAAAAAAAAGCCAUAUAAAAGGAAACAAAGAAGCUAAUUUGUCUCCAACAUAAUCCAAGGAAUUGGGAGAGAGAAUAAACAAAGUUGUAUUCCUUUGCUUUCUCCCAAACUAAUUCACCCUUUGCAUCUUCCCAUAUUUUUCUUCAUCUUUUCAUUCAUGGAUCAUUCUCUCAUCCCAAGCUUCCUUUACUCCUCUACCUCAUCGCCGCAGAAAAAGAUCGUAGAUGAUGUUUCCACCAUCCAUCAUACGACAAUGGAAUCUUCGAAAUUUAUGAUUCCUUCUCCCAGUGAGUCUGGAAGAAGGAAUAUAAAGUUGUUCUCUCGUGAUUAUUAUCUCGCCUGUGCCGUUGGUGGAAGCAUAUGUUGUGGUUUCACUCACAUGGCGGUUACACCUCUUGAUCUUGUCAAAUGUAAUAUGCAGAUUGACCCUGCAAAGUAUAAGAGCAUCUCUUCUGGAUUUGGAGUAAUGCUAAAGGAACAAGGAUUUAGAGGAUUUUUUAGAGGAUGGGCACCUACAUUUCUUGGUUAUAGUGCACAAGGUGCUUUCAAAUAUGGACUCUAUGAAUAUUUCAAGAAAUACUAUUCAGAUGCUGUUGGUCCAGAUUAUGCUACAAAGUAUAAGACAUUAAUCUACCUUGCUGGAUCAGCAUCUUCUGAGGUUAUUGCUGAUGUUGCACUUUGUCCAUUUGAAGCAAUUAAGGUUAGAGUUCAAACUCAGCCUGGUUUUGCUAGAGGUCUUUCUGAUGGGUUACCUAAAUUGCUCAGAUCUGAAGGAGUCUCAGGGUUGUACAAGGGAAUUGUGCCUCUUUGGGGAAGACAGGUUCCAUAUACAAUGAUGAAAUUUGCUUCUUAUGAAAACAUUGUUGAGAUGAUCUACAAGCAUGCCAUUCCCACACCAAAAGAUGAAACCACUAAAACCGUACAACUUGGUGUGAGUGUUGUUGGUGGAUAUUUAGCUGGUAUACUAUGUGCUGUUGUCUCUCAUCCUGCAGACAAUCUUGUCUCUUUCCUCAACAGUUCCAAAGGAGCAACUGCUGCUGAUGCUGUGAAGAAGUUGGGAUUAUGGGGUAUGUGUACACGCGGUCUCCCUCUUCGUAUUCUUAUGGUGGGAACUCUAACUGGAGCUCAGUGGGGAAUUUACGAUGCAUUCAAAGUUUCUGUGGGCCUGCCAACAACUGGUGGUGUUACUCCUGCUCCAGUUUCUGCUUCUUAGCUUUGCAAAGGUGUAAAAUGUCCAAUGUUGAAGCAAGACACAACAUUUGAAAGUUUGCUUCAGAAACCAUAGAAAAACCAAGGAAAAGAGAACUUAAAUAAAGAAAGAAUUGCCAAAGCUAAUGGGAAUUUUUGUUACUCUGGUCACUUAUAAGCAAAAAUUUACUUUUUAGAUUCAUUGAAUAUCUGGAGUGUACUGAUACAUCAUACAUCAGUUAUUCAAUGAACCUAAAAAGUAGUCUGAGUGAGUAUUAGUUACUAGUUAGUGUAUUCUUUUAUAGUUAUUGCUAUAGUUAUGAUUUGUAAGGUUUUGCAGAAUUUUUGUAUAUCUUGUAAUAUGAGUCUGUCUUUACAUUACUAAAAGUACUGAAGUAACUCAACUUUUGAUUUAUUCUAAUGAUUAUGGAUGGAUGAACCAUACCAAAUGAUAAUAACAUUUGAAGAAAUUUGUUCGCUAUAUAUGAAGCGGGAUGAAAUGAUCAUGUGAGCAUAUCAAAAUAUCGGCCAAGGCGGAUAUUCAACUUUUAUCCUUAACAAUCUUGAUACUACAUCUCACUUGCAUUCUUUGUUUCAUCAUUAAUUUGACCAUUGUAAUAGAGAACUCCUCAAUCUUUUCUGAUCUGC